AGGUGGCCCAACCUCGACGACCCCAUUUACCCCCUGAUGGCUAACCUUCCUCAGUCAUUAUCUCUGAAUUCUUCCUUUGGGGGCCCUAAUCCUACUUCUACCAGCGCCAUCGCCAUCGCUGCUCAGGCCAACAAGGACCGGAAAAUGGCGUCCGCCGAGCAGUUGGUACUCGAGCUCAGUAAUCCUGAUCUUAGAGAAAAUGCUCUUCUGGAUCUCUCCAAGAAGAGAGAAAUAUUCCAAGAUUUGGCCCCAUUGUUGUGGAAUUCUUUUGGUACCAUUGCUGCACUCUUACAGGAGAUAGUAUCAAUAUACCCUGUUCUUUCUCCACCGACUCUAACUCCAGGUGCAUCAAACCGAGUUUGCAAUGCACUCGCUCUUCUUCAGUGUGUUGCUUCUCAUCAAGAUACGAGGACAUUGUUCCUAAAUGCCCAUAUACCUUUAUAUCUGUACCCUUUCCUCAAUACAACAAGUAAGACAAGACCUUUUGAGUAUCUGAGGCUUACCAGCUUGGGUGUUAUUGGUGCCCUUGUAAAGGUUGAUGAUACAGAAGUCAUCAGUUUCCUUCUCUCCACAGAAAUUAUCCCCUUGUGCCUGCGCACAAUGGAGAUGGGCAGUGAGCUUUCGAAAACAGUGGCUACAUUUAUAGUUCAAAAAAUUCUGUUGGAUGAUGUGGGGCUGCGUUAUAUUUGUGCAACAGCAGAGCGGUUCUUUGCAGUGGGUCGUGUUUUGGGAACCAUGGUUCAGUCUCUUGCUGAGCAACCCUCUCCACGUCUGCUGAAACAUAUCAUUCGUUGCUAUCUAAGACUGUCUGAUAAUCCAAGGGCUUGUGAAGCAUUAAGAAAUUGCCUUCCAGAAAUGUUAAGGGAUUCAACCUUUAAUAGUUGCCUUUGUGAUGAUCAAACAACUAAGCGUUGGUUGCAACAGCUGGUGCAUAAUGUGGCAGCAGGAGGCAGGGUUGCUGGCCUUCAAUCUGUGGCAGGACUUGAGCAUAUGCUUGGUAGCGGUGUUGUCUAACUAAAUUUUCUUCUGCGUCCGGCAAGCCGAAUGGAAGCAACGA